AUGAAAUAAUCAACAGUAAGAUAAAGAAAAGGAUCAUUUGAUUCUUAACUAUCAGCUUCUAUGUUCAAAUCAAGUGUUAUAUUAGAAGAUAAGAAGAAAUAGAUAGAUGAUGAGAUCAUUAAUUAUUAAAAUGAAGAUGAAUUUGAAAUGAUAGGAAAAAAAUGUAACAUAAUACAAUUAAAUAGAACUAAAAAAUGUACCAAUAACAUUAUUUAAUAAUGAUUAAUUACAUAAACUUACUAAAAAAUAAUAAUUAAGUGAUGAUUAAAAAUUGUAAUUAGCAGCUACAUUAAUUUAAUAAAGAGGUAUACCUUAUUUAAGGUAAAAUAAUAUUCAAUUUAUUUAGUCGUAAAGCAAUUUGGAUGACUUUUAUAGAAAAAGGAGAUGCUAAAAAGUAUUUUUCUAAGAAACCUCCUUAAAAUAUUGAAGAAUAAAUAAUUAAAGAUGUCCCUAGAACUGGAAAUGAUGAUAAAAUGAAUAAUAAGAAAUACACUAAUCUUUUAUUUAGAAUAUUAUGUGCUUAUUCAAUAUAUAAUCCUAAAAUAGGAUAUACAUAAGGAAUGAAUAUAAUUUGUGGAAAAAUAAUUCUAUUAUUGAGCAUUGAUGGAAAUGAUAAAUAAUUAGAAUUAGAUAAUUUUGAAGUUAUUGAAGAUGAAGAAGAAAUAUUUUGGAUGUUUGUUCAUAUUAUGAAGUCAAUGGAGGAUUUAUUUAUUUAAGGUGUUCCUGGCAUUCAUAAAAGAAUAUUAUAAUUAGAAUAAAUCAUUUAAAAUAGAUGUAAUGAAAUUCUAGUACAUUUAUAAUGUAAUAAUUUAGUAAAAUUAUUUUUUUAUUUUUAAAUUAGGAAAAUUUGUGUUAAUGUUUUAGUUAAUAUUAUUUUACUAUGUUAAUGCAAAAUUAAGAAAAAAAGUUUGCUAGACUAAUUUUAGAAAUGUUUUUAUUGUUUGGUGAUGCAUUUAUUUAAAAUUUUAUUGUUGGAACAUUAGAAUUCUAUUCAUUAAGAAUAACAAGAAUGAAUGAAUUAGAAAAAUUAAUGCCUUUUUUUAGAGAUAUAAUGUUUACAUCUUAUUAUUAAGAAUUAAAAAAGUUAAAAAAACAAAAUUUAAUAAUCUAACAUUUUUAAUAAAAUCAUUAUUUUGAUAAAUAACCAUAUUUUGGUUAACCAUAAAACAUGCCAAUAGUAUAAGUAGAAGAAAAAAUGUAAAAAAAGUUUAAUCCAAAAAAUAUAUUAAAUCUUCUACAAAGAAAGUUUUUUGGAAAAAUUCUUGGUUAAUGA